AUGGGCACCGGACGGUCGGGAUCAGGCAGGGCGCGUGCGCACGCUAAGAAGAAGCAGUACAAACGUGGUCAUGCCACCAAGAAUCGUGCCCGUGACAUCGACCAGAUCCAGGAUGACCUACGCGUGGAGAAGUUAACGGGAAAGUCCAUGGCAUUCGAGGAGGACGAGGACCUACCGGGUCUGGGUCAAUUCUACUGCACACCGUGCGGUCGCCACUUCAUCGACGCCAAGACACGCGAUGUACACCUCAAGACCAAGGUGCACAAGCGGAGAUUGAAGGACGUCGCACAGAAGCAAUACACACAGAACGAGGCUAUGCAGGGCGCUGGCAAAGGUGUUGAGACGUACAAGCCGGCGCACCCUAAGGAGACCGAUGACAUGGACGACCUGUAG